AUGAGCAAGCCCGUAAGGCAUAUGAAUGCGUUUAUUUGUUAUCGAAAAGAUAAUAUUGAUCAUGGAAGUAAACUAAAGAUGACGGAUUAUUCAAGAUUUAUUGCACCAAAAUGGCAAGAUGAAAGUGAUUUAUUCAAAAGAAAAUAUUAUCAAGCUGCCGCAAAAGAUUACGUAGAGAAAGAAAUGGCUUCUGGUGGAAAUGGUACUACAAUAAAAUCUUUUGAACAAUUUGGUAAUAUUGCAUUCGUUAACGAGACGCCGAUCUGUCAUGGCGUUAAUCUUCGUGAUGAUGAUGAUAGCCAAAAUUCCGAUCAAUAUUUUUAUGACAAUCGUAAUAAUGAUAUCAAACAAGAAACUGUUCCAAUAAUCAAUGAAGAAGAUUUAUUUAAAGAAUUCACAAUAGAUAGUGAUUUUUAUUAUAUUCAAGAACCUAUUGAUAUAAGCAAACAAACUAUGAUUCCAUCGUCAAAAUUAGAUCUAUUUGAUAAUAUUGAUAAAUCUAAUAAUAAUGAUAAAAAUUAA